AGCUGGAUGGCUUACCCACAGGAGCUUGUUGGGAUGAGCUAGGCUGGUCCCAGGCACCCCAGAGCACCCUGAGCACCCCACAGCUCCGUGCACCAACACCAGCCCUGUGCACCAUCAGCCCCAUACACCAACACCAGCACCAGUCCCAGGCACCAACACCAGCCCUGUGCAGGUGGAGAGUCCAGAGGCUCCAUGUCCUGCAGUUCACAGAGGUCAUGGGUGACACCAAAUGACUCCAUCAAGUGGAAAGAACCAAUUUGUUCCAGCUCUCAACUCUUCUGCAGCGCCACGAAAAUAUUCCCAAGCAAGCCCAGGUGGGCGGGCUGUCUCCUGCCGGAGCAGACUCCGGCCCUCAGGUAAAUUACAUCCUCGUGGGAGGAAGGAUUAGAGGGAGUGGCGACCCGUGACGCUCCCGAAUCCGCGGAGCAGAGGGAAUAUCAGCCCGGUGAGUGCUGGGCGAGAGCAGUGUGACGGGCAGCAGGGACCUUCUGCGGGGUGGACAUCGGGAGCAGAGACACCCACACCUCUCCUGCUGCAGCCCCUGCACCGCCACAGAGCACCAGGAUGUGGCUGUUCCUGACCAUUGCUUAUUUAAUGUGCAUCGGGGAAAAGUCAGAUGCAAACCCCGAGGUCUCCAUGGAUGUUGGUGAAAUCGUCCGCUACCACGGGUACCCCUACGAGGAGCACGAGGUGCUGACGGAUGAUGGCUACUACCUGGCCCUGCAGAGGAUUCCUCACGGCAGGGGCAACCCAGGCAGCAGGAGCAUCUCCCAUCAAGCAGAGGCACGGGGCUCCAGCAUGUUCUGUCCCCCUCCAAAGGCUGUGGUCCUCCUCCAGCAUGGGCUGGUGUUGGAGGGAAGCACCUGGGUAUCCAACUUGCCCAACAGCAGCCUGGGCUUCAUCCUGGCCGACGCCGGCUACGACGUGUGGAUCGGGAACAGCCGGGGGAACAGCUGGUCACAGAAACACAGAGAGUUUGACUUUCACCACCAGGAAUACUCAGCUUACAGCUUCCACGAGAUGGCCAUGUAUGACCUCCCAGCCACCAUCAACUACAUCCUGCAGAAAACCGGGCAGGAGCAGCUGUACUACGUGGCUUACUCUCAAGGCACCACCACAGGUUUCAUUACCUUUUCAUCCAUUCCUGAACUGGAUCGCAAAAUCAAGAUGUUUUUUGCCUUGGCUCCCACCACUGUGAACUCCAACACAAAGACACCCUUGGUGAAAGUGCUUGACCUUCCCGAGGCACUGGUUAAGCUCGUUUUAGGACACACGGUGGUCUUUGAUAAGGGCCAUAUCUUGAAGCAAGUGAUCUCUGCUGUGUGCACCUACCCCAUCUUCAGGAGUAUUUGCCCCUUGGUCCUUUACUUGCCUGGUGGCUUUACCAGCAGCUAUGAUGUGAGCCGCAUGGACGUGUACAUGUCUCGCUACCCUGACUCAACAUCCCUAAAAACUGUGCUCCACUGGCGCCAGCUCUAUCAAACAGGGGAAUUCAAGUAUUAUGACUAUGGCAGUGACAACAUGCUCCAUUACAACCAGACCUCCCCUCCCUUCUAUGAGCUGGAGAAGAUGAAGGCCCCGCUGGCCGCGUGGUACGGGGGCAGGGACUGGAUUUCAGCCCCUGAGGAUGUGAACAUCACCCUGCCCCGGAUAACCAACCUGGCCUACAAAAAGUACAUCCCCGACUUCGUCCACUUUGACUUCCUUUGGGGCAAGCAAGUGUAUGAACAAGUCUACAAAGAAAUGCUGGAUCUCAUGGAGAAGAGCUCCUAGAGCUGGAGCUGUGGCCACUGGGGGCUUCUCAGUGA